AUGAGUGUCGUCGCUGCGAAACAGCCACAGAAAACCUACUUAUUGGUGGACAAGAAACCCUUUUUUAAGCACUUUUACCCAAAAGAUGUGGCUAUCCUUGCUGUGCGCUCAGUAGCCACACAAGGUCUAAUGAUCUUUAAUGCAUACGUGGCUUCAUUGGACAUGGAGCUUUCGGACGAGGAAUCUAGCGAGGAUGAUUUCGCGGACGAAGAUGCAGUGUCGGAAAAGAAAGAUGACUUUGUUCUUCCCACCAUCGAGGAGUUUGGCGUCGCCAGUUCUAAAUCGUUUGUCAAGUCGCUGACCAUCAUCACGUAUGUACGCUCGUUUGAAGAAGUGGCGCUGCGCUACUGUCGGCCCCAGACCGUCAGCAAGCUCAUCAAAGACAUAAGUAAAUCGGCGAUGCGUAAGUACGCACGUACGUCAAGCAGGUUGACGUCCGCGGCUAUGAUGAUCAAAACUGGUAUGCGUGCCAACAUGCUGAGCCAUUUAGCGAUCUUUCUAGUGGAAGAGACACAGCAGCUCGUGCUCAUAUUAUACCGACGCUAUUUAUUGAAUAGAAAACGUAUCAUCAAGUUCAACACAAACUUACGAAUUGUCGAAGAAGGCAUCCCGAGCCACGACAGCAACGAUGACGAGGAUUCGAUCGCAACGUUCAUGUCCUCCACUGGUCUUAAUGCGUCUCGCUCGGCACUAGCAGUCAUUACAGGUGGGGUUGGCGCUGCUUUGGGCACGGCAGUACGACCCGGUAUCGGCACGAUGAUUGGCGGUACUUUGGGCGAUUCCAUUGCUUACAUUUUGAUUUAG